UCAUCGACUAUGAUGACAAAACAUGAGGAACUGCAAGAGAUAAUCACAUUGAAAAUGUUUGACUGGAUCAGCCACAACAAAGAAUUGUUCCUGCAGAGUCACACGGAGAUCGGCGUGAGCUACCAACAUGCCCUUGACCUACAGACACAGCACAAUCACUUUGCCAUGAAUUCCAUGAAUGCCUAUGUCAACAUCAAUCGGAUCAUGUCUGUUGCAUCAAGGCUUUCCGAGGCAGGCCAUUAUGCUUCCCAGCAAAUUAAACAAAUAUCUAGCCAGCUGGAUCAAGAGUGGAAGAGUUUUGCUGCAGCUCUGGAUGAGCGCAGCACCAUCUUAGCCAUGUCUGCUGUCUUUCACCAGAAAGCUGAACAGUUCCUUUCAGGUGUGGAUGCCUGGUGCAAAAUGUGCAGUGAAGGAGGCCUCCCCUCAGAAAUGCAAGACCUGGAACUGGCCAUCCAUCAUCAUCAGACCCUGUAUGAACAAGUAACACAAGCCUACACAGAGGUAAGCCAGGAUGGCAAAGCCUUGCUGGAUGUCCUACAGCGUCCCUUGAGCCCUGGGAAUUCUGAAUCCCUCACUGCUACUGCAAACUACUCCAAGGCUGUUCACCAGGUGUUGGAUGUGGUACAUGAAGUCCUGCAUCACCAGCGGCGCCUAGAGAGCAUCUGGCAACACAGAAAGGUCCGACUACAUCAAAGGCUGCAGCUCUGCGUUUUCCAGCAGGAUGUUCAACAGGUACUGGACUGGAUUGAAAAUCACGGGGAAGCCUUUCUGAGUAAACAUACAGGAGUGGGGAAGUCUCUACACAGAGCACGUGCGCUGCAGAAAAGACAUGAUGAUUUUGAAGAGGUAGCACAGAAUACGUACACCAAUGCAGACAAGCUUUUGGAGGCUGCAGAGCAGUUGGCUCAGACUGGGGAAUGUGACCCUGAAGAGAUCUAUAAAGCAGCCCGGCAUCUGGAAGUACGGAUUCAGGACUUUGUCCGGAGGGUGGAACAGAGGAAACUUCUCUUGGACAUGUCAGUCUCCUUCCAUACCCACACCAAAGAGCUGUGGACAUGGAUGGAAGAUCUGCAGAAGGAGCUCUUAGAGGAUGUCUGUGCUGACUCUGUGGAUGCGGUUCAGGAGCUUAUCAAGCAGUUUCAGCAGCAACAAACAGCCACCUUGGAUGCCACCCUCAAUGUUAUUAAAGAAGGGGAAGAUCUAAUCCAACAGCUCAGGGACUCUGCCGUUUCCAACAAUAAGACUCCACACAAUAGCUCCAUCAGCCACAUUGAAUCUGUCCUCCAGCAGCUCGACGAGGCCCAGGUACAGAUGGAAGAGCUCUUCCAUGAGAGGAAGAUUAAGCUAGACAUUUUCCUUCAGCUCCGGAUUUUUGAACAGUACACCAUUGAGGUUACAGCAGAGUUAGAUGCCUGGAAUGAAGAUCUGCUGAGACAAAUGAAUGAUUUCAAUACUGAAGACCUCACUCUGGCUGAGCAGCGUUUGCAGCGUCACACUGAGCGGAAAUUGGCCAUGAACAACAUGACCUUUGAAGUUAUCCAGCAAGGGCAAGAUUUACACCAAUACAUCAUGGAGGUCCAGGCUUCAGGCAUUGAGCUGAUUUGUGAAAAAGACAUCGAUCUUGCGACACAGGUUCAAGAACUGCUGGAAUUCCUUCAUGAGAAGCAGCAUGAGCUGGAGCUUAAUGCUGACCAAACUCACAAGAGGUUAGAGCAGUGCCUACAGCUCCGGCACCUACAGGCUGAAGUCAAGCAGGUGCUUGGCUGGAUCCGGAAUGGUGAAUCAAUGCUGAAUGCAAGCCUUGUCAAUGCAAGCUCCCUCUCUGAAGCUGAGCAGCUCCAGCGAGAGCAUGAGCAGUUUCAGCUGGCCAUAGAGAAGACACACCAGAGUGCCCUGCAGGUCCAGCAGAAAGCCGAAGUGUUGCUACAGGCUGGGCAUUAUGAUGCCGAUGCUAUCAGAGAGUGUGCCGAAAAGGUGGCCCUGCACUGGCAGCAGCUGAUGCUGAAGAUGGAGGACAGGCUCAAACUUGUCAAUGCCUCGGUGGCCUUCUAUAAAACCUCUGAGCAGGUGUGCAGCGUAUUAGAGAGCUUGGAGCAAGAAUACAGACGGGAUGAAGACUGGUGUGGAGGUCGAGAUAAACUUGGACCGGCAGCUGAGAUAGACCACGUCAUCCCUCUGAUCAGCAAACAUCUGGAACAGAAGGAGGCUUUUCUCAAGGCCUGUACGCUGGCACGAAGGAAUGCUGAGGUAUUCCUCAAGUACAUCCACCGCAACAAUGUCAGCAUGCCUGGAGUAGCAAGCCAUACAAGGGGGCCAGAGCAGCAAGUGAAAGCCAUUCUGAGUGAGCUGCUGCAGAGGGAGAACAGGGUCCUUCACUUCUGGACCCUGAAGAAGCGGAGAUUAGAUCAGUGCCAACAAUAUGUUGUCUUUGAGCGCAGUGCCAAGCAGGCCUUAGACUGGAUCCAAGAAACAGGCGAAUAUUACCUCUCUACUCACAACUCCACAGGGGAAUCAGCAGAAGAAACUCAGGAACUCCUGAAGGAAUAUGGGGAAUUCAGAGUACCUGCCAAGCAAACAAAGGAGAAAGUGAAGCUCCUCAUCCAGCUGGCUGACAGCUUUGUAGAAAAAGGACAUAUACACGCCACUGAAAUUAGGAAGUGGGUCACCACCGUUGACAAACGCUACCGUGACUUCUCUCUCAGGAUGGGGAAAUACCGCUACUCCCUGGAAAAAGCCCUUGGAAUCAAUACAGAGUCUGGAAAGGAUAACAAGGACCUAGAACUAGAUAUUAUUCCAGCAAGUCUUUCAGACCGGGAGGUAAAGCUGCGAGAUGCAAAUCAUGAAGUCAAUGAAGAAAAAAGAAAGUCGGCCAGAAAGAAAGAAUUCAUUAUGGCUGAGCUGCUUCAGACGGAAAAGGCUUAUGUCAGGGACUUACAUGAAUGCUUAGAGACCUACCUUUGGGAAAUGACAAGUGGAGUGGAAGAAAUACCUGCUGGAAUCCUUAAUAAAGAACACAUCAUCUUUGGCAAUAUUCAGGAGAUAUAUGACUUUCAUAACAACAUUUUUCUGAAAGAACUAGAGAAAUACGAACAACUGCCUGAGGAUGUGGGCCACUGCUUCGUCACCUGGGCAGAUAAAUUUCAGAUGUAUGUCACCUACUGCAAAAACAAGCCUGACUCCAGCCAGCUCAUCCUGGAACAUGCAGGGACUUUCUUUGAUGAAAUUCAGCAAAGACACGGUCUGGCCAAUUCUAUCUCUUCUUAUUUAAUCAAUCAUUCCCAUUUGAUCCUACUAGCUGUGAGCAUCCACGUGAUGGGUUUUGAUGUAGUUCAGCUUUCUCCUGUCACUGUUGGCAAAGCAGAACUGCUAACCUGCUGCGAGGAGGGCAAAGGGGAACUCAAAGAUGGUCUGGAAGUGAUGCUCAGUGUCCCAAAGAAGGCCAAUGACGCAAUGCACGUCAGCAUGCUGGAAGGGUUUGAUGAGAACCUGGACGUCCAGGGAGAGCUGAUUCUUCAGGAUUCCUUCCAAGUGUGGGAUCCCAAGUCUCUCAUUCGGAAAGGCCGUGAGAGGCAUUUGUUUCUCUUUGAAAUCUCUUUGGUGUUUAGCAAAGAGAUCAAAGAUUCUUCAGGACACACAAAAUACGUUUACAAGAACAAGUUACUGACCUCAGAACUGGGAGUGACUGAACAUGUUGAAGGAGAUCCCUGUAAAUUUGCUUUGUGGUCUGGACGAACACCAUCCUCAGACAAUAAAACAGUGCUGAAAGCAUCCAGUAUUGAAACAAAACAGGAAUGGAUCAAAAAUAUCCGGGAAGUCAUUCAAGAAAGGAUUAUCCAUCUGAAAGGAGCCCUGAAAGAGCCAAUUCAGCUCCCCAAGACACCAGCAAAGCAGCGAAACAACAGUAGAAGAGAUGGAGUAGAUGAUGCAGACAGCCAAGGAGAUGGCAGUAGUCAACCUGACACCAUUUCCAUUGCAUCCAGGACAUCACAGAACACAGUGGACAGUGAUAAGUUGUCUGGAGGGUGUGAACUAACCGUGGUGCUCCAGGACUUCACAGCAGGCCACAGCAGCGAGCUGAGCAUUCAGGUGGGGCAGACGGUGGAGCUGCUGGAGAGGCCAAGCGAAAGGCCGGGCUGGUGUUUGGUCCGGACCACAGAACGGAGCCCGCCUCAGGAGGGUCUGGUCCCCAGCAGCGCUCUCUGCAUUUCCCAUUCCCGCAGCAGUGUGGAGAUGGAUUGCUUCUUUCCUUCAGGAAAAG